AUGUUUAACACCAUCUGUUGGAACUGUCAAGGUGCUCGUAAGAAGGAGGUGGGCAAUUACUUACGACACCUUAUUGGGGCCCACGAUGUUAGUGUUGUCGGUCUGAUUGAGACCAAGAUGGAAGUUUUUUCCAGAACGGAUGUUGAUAGGAUUGUUGGGAGGGAUUGGGAUUUUUGUUACCAACCUUCUGUAGGUAAGGCGGGCGGUAUUCUAGUGUUAUGGAAGUGCUCGGUGGGGUCAUUCCAGGUCCUCUUCAAAUCAAAACAGUGCAUUAUGGGUAGAUUUAGAAGCUUAUCUUCUUUUGACUGGGAGGUGGCCGUGGUUUACGCGGAUAAAGAUACUCAUAUCCGGGCGAUGGCCUUCAAUGAAAUUUCUCAGCACCAUGUCCCCGACUCGCCUUUGAUUGUUGGAGGAGAUUUUAAUUGUAUCCUUGCUCAGGCGGACAAGAAGGGUGGGCGACCCUUCUCAUUCACGGCCGCUGCUAAGGGCAUGAGUGAUUUCAUGGCUGCCAAUGAACUGAUUGAUCUGGGAUUCUCCGGUCCAUCCUUCACGUGGAUUAACAACAAAGAUGCUGGCAGUCGCAUUUCCUCCCGUUUGGAUAUGUUUUUGAUUAGUUCCUCUAUUUUGGACGCUUUUCAGGAGCUGAGGGUGAGCCACCUUACGAGGAUCGCCUCUGAUCACUGUCCUAUCCUUUGCACUGUUAGCCUGGGGCGACAUCGGGCUCGUUCAUACUGGAUUAAAUUUGAGGACAUUUGGGCGAGCUUCCCCAGAGCGUGGCAGUUGGUAUCCGAGAAAUGGCGUGUGCCGGACACAGGCUCUGAAGCCUCCAAGUUAAAUAAAAAAUGCCAACGAACUCUGAAGGCUCUGUUCUUCUGGAGCAAAAACAAGUUCAAGAUGUUAAACAAGCUACGGGAUGAGCUGGAUAGGGAGAUUUGUAUGUUACAGGGCAUCGAGUGA